AUGGCCUAUGUCCCCGGCGGCCUUAGCCUACUCUUUGGUGCAAUUGUUGGCAGCCGCCGGCAGGACUACACCAUGAUGCAGACCGCUCGAAAGGUAGGCCAAUACGAUGAUAAGGGGGAGUUAAUCCUCUACCCCGUCGAUCGUCUUGCUAGUCGCGGUUAG